AAGAUGACUGGCCGUUGUAAGGAAGGAAAGGGAUUGGGAAAAGGAGGAGCCAAGCUCCAUCGCAAGGUCCUUUGUGAUAUUAUCCAGGGUAUUACCAAGCUGGACAUCCGCCGUCUGGCUCGCUGUAGAGGAGUCCAGCGCAUCUCUGGUCUGAUCUACGAAGAGACCCGUGGUGUUCCCAAGGUAUUCCUUGAGAACGUCAUUCGUGAGGCCGUCACCUACACCGAACACGCCAAGAGGAAGACCGUCACUGACAUGGACGUAGUCUACGAGUUGAAGAGACAAAGACGCACUUUCAACGGCUUCGGUGGUUAA